AUGUUUCUGGGAACGCUUAUCCCAGUUAGAAUUGCAUUAUUAGCUGGCGCUAAUCCAUCUGUGAUUCGCUAUGUUAAAAACUCGGAAAUCUGCGAAACAACUCCAAAUGUUACACAGAUUUCAGGGUACGUUGACGUUGGGACGAACAUGUCCAUGUGGUUCUGGUUCUUUGAGUCUAGAAACUCACUCGAAACAGCCCCAUUUACUCUAUGGUUGAAUGGUGGUCCUGGAUGUUCUUCUAUGAUCGGAUUGUUUAAAGAGAACGGGCCAUGCUUAGUAAAUGCUGACCGCAAUUCGACCACUCUUAACCCCUACAGUUGGAAUAAUCUCAGCAACAUGAUCUAUAUCAACCAACCAAUUGGGACUGGAUUCUCCUAUGGUAAUACUGAUAUGGUGAAUAGCACUGAAACUGCUGCAUCCUAUGUAUGGACUGCAUUCCAGGUUUUAUUUGAGAGUCAGCUAUUUUGGAAGUAUGCCAGUCGAGAAUUCAUCUUUGCCACAGAAAGCUAUGGCGGUCACUAUGGACCCAGUUUUCAAAAUAGGUUAAUCGCUAGUGGGGGGAUCGAUGACAUUCCAAUUGUGGUUAAAGCUCUGAUGAUUAACAAUGGCUGGUUUGAUCCGCUCAUUCAGAACAUUGCAUGGCUGAACUUUGCGACCCAUGCUCCAGGUUAUGGGCAGCUCCAGCCAGAUGAAGUACUCAAGGACAUGUCAAAUGCUCUUUAUGGCUCUAAUGGUUGCAUAGUACAAGAGAAAGCCUGUUACGCUGCUGGACAUUCCACCAGUUCAAACAGGAUUUGUCAGGAUGCUGAUGAUUACUGUAUUGAUAAUAUUUACUAUCCUGCUGUGGAGGGUUACGACCAGCAUGAUUUGCGUCAAAAUUUAUCCAUUUUAUCCCCCCCUGAGUAUUAUAUGGAUUAUUUACGUGAGAAGCAUGUCAUGGAGAAGAUUGGUGCUGAGGUUAAAUAUGAGGAAUGCGCAAAUGCACCUAUGGAGCAGUUUGCAAAGACAGGCGAUGCAAGUUUUUGUCCAACUUUCCCCCCUCGAGACGCUAGGACUUGGCUGCCCCAGCUGUCGGCUCUGGCCAACUCUGAGAUGAAGAUUUUGAUUUGGGCUGGAGAUGCUGAUAUUAACUGCAACUGGCUUGGGAGUCAUGCGUCAGUCCUAGCAAUGGAUUGGUAUGGCAACAAGACGCUCCAUAACACCCCAUUCACCAAUAUGACAAUCAACGGCAUACCUGUUGCAGCUGUGCAGAAUGUUGACAACUUCUCCUUUGUGUGGGUGUACGCUGCGGGACACCUAGUGCCUGCUUUCCAGCCCCAAGUAGCAUUGGAGAUCUUCUUGCAGGUUAUUCAGAAGGAACAACUUCACUCAGUCUAA